AUGGUUCAUAUCGGCCAACAGAAUGCCUCCAAUGACGAGAUUCGUGGCCGAUUUUUCUCUCUCAUCUUAGCUUUACUCAACAAAAUGUCCGCUCAACUUUUCGGCAGUUAUAUAGAGAUUAGCUUUCCUCUUCCGAUUUUCUUCGAUAUGAUGCAGUGCGAGUUCCAUUCAUGUAUGGGUGAUAAGAAGUUCAAAAAGUUUUCUGAUGAACUCACUGCUCAGCUGAACAGCUUGGUUGAUCAAGAUCGUGGAAAUAGAGCAUUUCAGGAGCAUUUCAUAAAAUUCUCACUAGUUAAUAUCGGACAAAAUGCUGUGGGAAGACGGCAAGCGAACACUUAUUGA